UAGAAAUUAUAUAAACUCUAGUUCCCACACUUGCCGCAAGGAACGCCACAUGAAAAGAAAUUGUCUGACGUGGGUUUGGCAACCUCGCAUUAUAUUUAAGAUGUAAAUAAAACACACGUGUUUUGUUGUCCUUCGCAAUUUCACAUAAAUACACCACCUGUCGUUCGUCACUUCACCAAGUUGCUGUAGUUUGUUUAGUUAUAUUUAUCCAAGACUUACAGCGCUGCAUUGAACAAUUUCUUUUAAUUAUUCGUCGAUCCUCCUGAAAGUAAUCACAUUAAAAGCUUUUUUAAAUUUAUGACCGAAAUGGAUAUUAGGGAAACAGUAGAAGAGAUAUUACAAAGUCCGCAAUUACGGCAUUCAUUAGAAGCUACAGUAAGAAACUUAACCUUGCCGCUUCAACAGAGACAAUCACAAUUGCCAGUUGUAAACAGGGCCAGUGUUUCCUCCGGUAGUUCACUACGAAAUGAGCUGCAUAAUUUAUUUCCAUCAAUUGGACAAAGGAACAGAACCCGAAAUCAAGGGCGAGGUCAAGUCAGGGAAAACAAUUCCUCAAAACCCACACCGUUUUAUAAAGAUGUGAUUUUAGUCACUUCUAAGAGGUGUCUUUCAACAUUAAAAGGGCAUGCAAAGGCUAAAGCGUAUGACACAGGAUUUGCUUUUUUGAAUGUGGAAUUUCACAACGGCAUGAAAUUGGAAGAUCUAAACAAUUUAAUUUAUUCAUUAUUUUCGGAUAAAUUAAUGAAUUCCGAAUAUGAAUUUGUAGUGCCUAUUAGUGGAAGAUUGACGAAAUUAAGUUUGCAGAGUGGAUCUCAAUUAAAUGGAGAAACUUUAAAACGAGUUUAUCAUCAGAAGGUUGUUUAUAUCAGACCCAUGGAAGAUCUGGCUGAUAACAAUAGUAAUUGUACACCUGAAAUGAACAACGUGGAUACUCCAACUCCUAUUGAUGAUAACGACGGGGUUUGCCUCACUGAUCAGUGGCACAGUUCACCAACUGGAUUUGAUGUACAGUCUGAUAAUUUAGUCAAUAGUGGUGAAGAAACAAACCUUUUGCAAGAGAUCUUAACAAACAUUAACAGUAAAAUUUCAUUGGAAAAAACCAAUCAAUUUAAUGUAUACCGGGCAGAUGUGUUUCAUUGCUGCAUACGUGCAAUUAGAAGAUCUUCAUUUGAUCCAUUUGCAAAAAUUGAUGUAAAAUUCAGUGACAUAGAUGGCCAAUCAGAAGGUGCUGUAGAUAUGGGAGGGCCUACAAGGGAGUUAUUUCGAUUAUUGAUGAAUUAUUUAAAAAAUUCAAAUUUGUUUAUGGGUCCAGACAAAAAGUAUAUUUCACUGGAUGCUUUAGCACUUGACAAAAGAUAUUAUUAUGAUGCUGGGCGCAUGGUAGCCUUGAGCAUUGUGCACGCAGGUCUUGGACCUCAUUUUUUUUCAAAUAGUCUCUUUGUUGCGGUAACCAAAGGCGUCGAAUUUGUCAAACCAUUAAAGGAGUUUGUGGAAUGUGAUAUUUUGGAAAAAAUUAAUAAAUUAUCACAUAUUAAUGAUGAAACAGAAAUGCGUGAAUAUCUGCUUAACGAAAGCGUAUUUUCAAUUGCCGGUAUUAAUAUAGUAAACCAGUUGAUCGCCAGGAAGGAUGAAAUAAUUGACGCAACAGUCAAGUUCUACCACAUAUAUAGAACAAAACCUGCCUUGGACCAAUUAAUCGAUGGACUAAAAACUUGCAAUGUCUUAGAAUUUCUUCAAAACCAUCCGAUUUUAUUUGAAGAUAUUGUAUGUGACAAUAAAUCUAAAUUAAAUAACACAAUAAUAGAAGAACUACCAACCGUAAUGCUAAGUGAAGUAGGAAGUAAUAAGAGACAAACACAAAACAGAAUUCUAGCCUUUUGGAGAGAUUACUUAUUGGACUGUGAAGAAGAAAAUUCAAAUUGCAGUCUGGAAGAAUUGUUGGUGUUUGUAACGGGAGCUGACACUGUUCCAGCUUUGGGCUUUGGAACGAAAAUUUACAUUCGUUUUCAACAUGAUGAUAAAAUGAUGUAUCCAAAAGCUAACACAUGCGGACUGGAAUUAUAUUUACCAACAUGUCAUACAAAUUUUGAUGAUUUUAAAUAUCAUAUGGAUUUUGGGAUUGGAAAUUCAAAAGACUUUGGAAUUGCUUAAUUAAAAUUUAAUUCAAAAAGAAAAUGUGAUUGCUGUCUUAGAAUUAAUGAAAAAAAUCCCUAUCUAUGAUAUGUUUUAUUUUGACAAACACUGUGUUAAUUAACACAGUAUGUUCAUAAACAUAUAAAUUGAAGGAUAUGUUUAUAGGGGUCAUUUGUAGUUAUUUUAACCUAAACAUGCCUAUAUGAAUGUGACGAGUUAGUGAAGUAGUCACAAUUGACCUUUAUUAGCGUCUUAAGUACUAUGCCCAAUUUUGUUGUUUUGUAAAUAAAUUCGAAAAAUGUUUGGCUAAUACAACUGCAAAUGACCUCCAAUAUGUUUGUAUAUGAACCAGUCGCCCUGUAUGUAUAUGAGUUUCAUUUGUGAAUUGGUACAUGACAAUUUAUUUUUAGUGCAAUAAAUAUGUACAAAACAAAAGAUUGCGUGUGAUCUGGUGCUAUUAAACCUACCGACAUGUAAUUGGAUACUACAUUGUUAUGACUGUUACUAAAUAGCAUUGGUUUAUAUGCUUGAAAUAAAAUUAGUUAUAACAUUUUAUUUGAUUUUAUUAUACAUUUUAUACUUAACAAAUUUAUU